AUUAACAGAAUAAAGAACGUCUCAAAUUUGCGUUGACGGUAAGCAGCUGACUGCCCAUGUGGAAAGAAUUCAUUCGACGUCACAGCUAUCAAAGUAAGGUAGCUCCUAAUCGCGAGGGCGCCCGAUUGAUUAUACGCCGUCUACAAAAAACUGUUUUGCGAAUUUUGCGUGAUCCCGAUUUCAGGAUGUCAAAAUCAUCAUUUCAGCAGAAGCCAGCGGAACCAGAACCACCGGUAGAUGGUGCGCAAUAUAACGUGCAUCGAAAUGGAAAACCGGAUACCAAUUGUCGCACAUGCAACGAUUUCAAGUCAUGGUCCAAACAGCAGCGCCUUAUAUCAAAUACGCAAGCAGCUAAGGAAAAGCAUAUAGCCGCAAGCGAAAAGCUAACCGUAAAUGCAGCCGGCGUCGCCGCACCCCGAGAAGAUUGCCCCUUGGACAAGGUACGUCUUGGCAUAUCUACUUGGGGCCUACUGCAUACCAUGGCUGCUUUUUAUUCCGAUAAUCCCACGGACACAGAAAAACGAGAUAUGCGUACGUUUUUCGAAGUACUCUCGCGUUUAUACCCAUGCGAGUAUUGUGCCAAAGAUUUUCGCUCAGACAUUGAAGUGAAUCCAGUAAAUGUUAAUUCACAAAAGGAUUUGGCAAUGUGGUUGUGCAAGUUUCAUAAUCGAGUUAACGACAAGCUUGGUAAACCACUCUUCGAUUGUAGCAAAGUGAAUGAGAGGUGGCGUGACGGCUGGUUAGAUGGUUCCUGUGAUUAGGCUUAAAAUAAUAAGCUGCAAACAUAAAUACGAACGCUUAUAUAUAAGUAUAUAUAUAUGUAUAUAUAUAUACAUAUACAUGCGUCCCAUAUUCACACACACUACAGCAGAUAGUCAGACGCACAAUGCAACUCUAGCUGAUCGGUCAGAUACCAACCUAACCAAUUCCAACAGUCAAAUCGGUCUGG